CACGUAAAACCGCACAAGGCUCUUUCUUAGUCGGUGCCCGGUACGUGCACCUGAAUGUUUAUUUAGAUUAGGAAAUAGUGUGUUCACAAAAAGUGACCCUGAAACGAAACGGGAGAGAACUUUAUUCCAGCAGAUCAAUCGAAAUGGAAGAAGGGUCCCGACCAGGUUGUCAGCUUCGGAGACGGCGUUGUUACGCCAACUCCAGUCUGGCACUGAACUUGGACACUGGCUACAACGUCAACGAAGGCUGCAGCAGUCAAGGCACACCUUCACCGAGCUACGUUAAACUGACGCCCAGUACUGUGCCCAAUUCAGCCAGGCUUCUGCAGGAUUUCAAGAAUAGACAACAGUCCUUCGAUAUACAGGUCGAGGAUUGUGAGGAAAUUGAAAUAUUAAUAGAAACUGACGACGAAGGCGACGGCAAUGAAGAAGAGAACGCAUCAGCAGUUGUACCGAACCGACCAGUCACUCCCACCCCUAUCCAGGACUUCGGCACCAGCGUCGUUUAUACGGAAGGACCACAAGCAUCCGACUUCUUGAAAGUGAAAGUAAUAGAGCAAGAUUGUUACACAGAUGUAUCCGACGCGGGCUCUGACGAUGAGGACGAUGAUGUAGAAGAAGAAGAAGAAAAAAAACAAUAAAACAAAUAUCUAACAUAAUAAAACAGCAAAUACUAGAGACACAGAAAAAAGAAAGACCUAGAAAACAGGCUACAACAAAAUAUCAUGUCUUAUUCAAAAACUUUUCGUAACUAUUAAUUAGUAUCAAAUCAAUUUUCAACAAUCAGUGGUGCUAACAUGCGAAGAGUGAAGAGAAAAUUUCGGCCAAUGACGUCGGAGUUAUCCCACUCCAUCUCUUUCGUACCAACGCAAUGAAAGAGAUCGCGUUAUUUCAGAUUGCGCCGCCAUUGGUUGAGUUUUCUGAAUUUCACUUCACAAGAUUAUCUCUUUGGUAGCAUGUUAGCAUUCAGGAGGGUAGAAAUCAACCAACAACACAGCAGCAGCAUACGAUGACAUAUACUUAUGUGACGAGAAAAAGAUAUAUUCAAAUUCUUUCUGAAGCUUAAAAGUUUUAAUACUACAAAUUAAACAUGAAAUUUUUAAAAAUCCCCCGAAGGUCAUGAAAUUAAGUAGAAUGAC